GACACUUGUUGUGUCUCCUUAAAGCGACUCGCAGCAGUGAGCUGCAUCAAACGCAUCGUCUCGUCCUCGGACAUUGGAGGCGGCUGCAUCGUCUCCCGGACGCGGAGACACAAAGGCUUGUUGUGUAACUAAUUGAGGGCUUACUGUUACGGCGGCUAAAUGCGCAUUAACUGUUGCAGUUUGUGUGGUUACGUUCAUUAAGACAUUCCUGCACGGAUUGGGGCGAGAGUGUGUGUGAGGGCUUUACAUAAUAAAGUGUAUGCUUUUCACGUGAAAUGCCCCUUUAAAAAGCGGUCACCCUCAGCCCACACUCGGGCACAUCGUAAACCGCCGGGGUUUGGGAGGAGUGAAAAGUCUGUGACAGCUGCACUUUGUUGCAUCAAUUCGACUUCAGGAUGGUGUCUUCUUACCCCUUACCGGACGGCUUCACCGACUUCGAUGUGUUCUCACUGGGAUCCUGUCUGCUGGUGGAGGGUCUGCUGGGCAUCCUCCUAAAUGCGGUGACCAUCGCUGCUUUCCUCAAAGUGAGAGAGCUGAGGACCCCCAGCAAUUUCCUAGUGUUCAGUUUAGCGAUUGCUGAUAUUGGCAUCUCUAUGAACGCCACCAUCGCUGCUUUCUCCAGCUUCCUGAGGUACUGGCCUUAUGGCUCUGACGGAUGCCAGACUCAUGGUUUCCAGGGAUUCGUGACAGCGCUCGCCAGCAUCCACUUCAUAGCUGCCAUCGCCUGGGACAGAUACCACCAGUACUGCACCAGGACAAAGCUGCAGUGGAGCAGCGCCAUCACGCUGGCUGUAUUCGUCUGGCUCUUCACUGCCUUCUGGUCCGCCAUGCCCCUCAUCGGCUGGGGAGAGUACGACUACGAGCCCCUCAGGACCUGCUGCACUCUGGACUACAGCAAGGGCGACAGAAACUAUGUGUCCUACUUGAUCCCCAUGGCCAUCUUCAACAUGGGCAUCCAGGUGUUUGUUGUCAUGUCCUCUUACCAGUCCAUUGCACAGAAAUUCAAGAAGACUGGAAACCCAAGGUUCAACCCCAACGCUCCUCUUAAGACUAUGCUGUUCUGCUGGGGGCCUUAUGGCCUCCUGGCUUUCUACGCCGCCGUGGAGAACGCCACCCUCGUGUCACCCAAGCUCAGGAUGAUGGCUCCCAUAUUGGCUAAGACCUCUCCCACCUUCAACGUCUUCCUCUAUGCUUUGGGAAACGAGAACUACAGAGGAGGCAUCUGGCAGCUCCUCACUGGAGAAAAGAUUGAUGUGCCUCAAAUUGAGAACAAGUCUAAAUAAACUAAGAAUUCAAUAAUUAUAAACACUAACUGUCAUCGUGUUUCUGUCUCUGAUCCUAUUUGCACAUGUUGUGUGUUGAACAGUUGUGGCCAUUGUACCUUGUUCUUCAUGAAUUUGUUGUUUUUUGUUCCUGCAGUUUUACGUCAAGAAUUUUGUCAACCACAAAUAAGAUUUGGCAUAUUGUGAAAAAACAAGCAAAAAAACAUUGUAAUAUGACUUGUAACUUUCAAACUGCGAAAAAGUGAGCAAAAUUGCUAAUGCCCAGCACUACAGUAUGUGAAGCAGUAUUUCAUUCACUUAAUUCCAAUAAAAAUACAUCAAAUUUGGCUACUUCA